UUCUUUCCGGCAGGGCUUUGCUUUUGUGGCAAGUGUUUGCAGCUGGGUCGUGCAGCAUGCUAGAUCCUGAGGGCAGUGUGGAGCACAAGCCUUCCUCUUCCUUCCCUAAAGUUUUUCUCAUUCCUCUAGCCAUGCUCCUUGCAAUUACAGCACUCCUGCUCUUAGCAUUUUCCACCACUCAGCAGAAAGAGACUGAUUUUUACACUUUUAAAGUUGUAAAUAUCAGGGGCAAACUAGUAUCUCUGGAGAAAUACAGGGGCUCGGUGUCAUUAGUUGUCAACGUUGCAAGUGAAUGUGGGUUUACAGAUAGUCACUACAAGGCCUUACAACAGUUACAGAAAGACCUCGGCCCAUAUCAUUUCAAUGUGCUGGCAUUCCCAUGCAAUCAGUUUGGGCAGCAAGAACCAGACACCAACAAAGAAAUAGAGAGUUUUGCACGAAAGACUUACGGUGCCUCCUUUCCUAUGUUCAGCAAAGUUGCAGUCAGUGGAGCUGGUGCAAUUCCUGCCUUCAAAUACUUAAUUGAUUCUACAGGAGAAGAACCAACCUGGAACUUCUGGAAAUACUUGGUAGACCCCAAUGGGAAAGUAGUAAAGGCCUGGGACUCUACUGUCUCUGUCGAAGAAAUAAGACCUCAUGUUACAGAACUUGUGAGGAAAAUCAUCCUGAAGAAAAAAGAUGAAUUAUGACUUUCAAAAUCACAGCAGGUCAAUUACAUCUUUAUUGAGAAUUAGGAAUGCGCUCUGUCUUUUCACAUUCCAAAAGAGAGAAUAUGCAGAAGAGAAAACAUGACCAGUUGAAUUGAUAUUCACCACCUUCAGAAUGCAAAAACCAGAAAUUUAAAAUUUAAUUACUUUUUUAUUUCAUUUUUGCUAUCCCCAGAUAUAUUCUAUUUGGCCCUUCCAAGAAAGAAGGUUGCAUCAGCAACUUUUUAAUUCCCAAUUCAAAUUACUGCUAGUUUGUAACACUACACAAAGCCAGUUAACAUACCUCUAGC